AUGACCUCGAUCAAACAACUUGCGCAUCUGAGUUUCGAUUUGGCGCUGAUUUCGGUGAUACUUGCCGGACUUCGCCGAAACACUGGAUAUGUCUUGGCUUAUGAGACCUCAGACCUCAAGAAAUAUGUCAGGCGCUAUUUAGACUGGGGCGAGUAUCUAUUUGAUAAACUCAUAGGCAUGGCGGGACGCAGCGCUUAUUUUAGGAAAGAAACUCCCAUCGAUGGAUUUAUGAACGGAAUAUAUAAAAGGGUAGAGGAGUUAGGAAGGACUCCAAGGUCAACCCAGCCGAACAACAACAGAUCUACCACUUCAAAGAGGCCCUCUUCUAAUGCUAUGAACUGA